GUCAGCCAUUUUACUUAUAUACACAUUACUACAUACUGCAUCAGCCAACGAAGAAACAAAAGUAUAAAAAUACAAAGAUACAACAUGGCGCCCGCACCACCCCCACAAACAAGCGCCUCAAGCGUCCUCACCACAUCCAUUCCAACACCCCUCCCAACCCCCAUCGCUAAAGCCAUCGAAACCGCAUCCGCGUCCCAAAUCCCCUCCAUCGAGAUCCUCCCUCCGAAAUCCACCUCCGCACCAAAAAGUAUCCCCACCUCCACCUCCGCCUCCACCCCCACACUCUCCACACUCUCCAUAUCAAAAACCAGUUCUAUCAUUUCCGGGACGACGACCGCAUCAGCGACAACCGCCGCCGAUAAGGGACUCUUUACUAGUCCCUCCGGGAAUCUUACUGCGGUUAUCACGAUGAUUAUUGUAGCGGUGUUUGUGGCGUAUUGUGUGAUUAGGUGUUGUAUAUGUAAGGGGAUGCGGAAGAGAAAGGAGAGGAAGGAGUUAGAGAGGGAGAGGGGUAAUUUGGAACGCGAGAGGGUGAGACAGAUGAGGGAGAGGGAGGCGAUUGAGAUGGCGGGGAGGAUGAGGGAGAGAAGUAGAGAGAGGAUGAGGAAGGAUGGUUGGGAGGAUGUGCUUUUGCAUGGGAGACAUGUUGGUUAGGUGGGAGGAUGAGGGGGGUUGGAAGGUAAAUGUGCAGAAGGGUGGAUCAAAGUAUGGAGUGUAUUGAUAGGUAAGAAAGAAGAGGAGGAGAGUCAGUAAUUUUAAAGGGUAAUAGAGCAGAAUGUCUGAUAGAGGGAAAGGAAAGGUAAGAUAUAAUUAUACAGGUAAGUCCCCAUCCCCAAAAGGUAAAGUAAUUCACGGGCAAGUCGUACA